GGCAAACGAUGGGGAACACUAUUAAGGGAAUAAUUGCUUUCAUCCCAUCCAAGACUUGCCAGAACUAUCUAUUGGGAGAGUUGGAAGAAAUGCCUGUUGAUAAAAUGGUGGACCUGAGCAGCAAGCAGUUGAGAAGAUUCCCUCUGAGGGUGUGUGCCUUUAAAGAACUUGUGAAAUUGUACCUCAGUGACAAUAAUUUAAACACUCUGCCUCCUGAGUUGGAACUGCUGCAGAACCUUCAGAUCCUAGCCCUGGAUUUUAACCAUUUUAAAGUCCUGCCACAGGUUGUAUGUGCCCUUAAACAACUGUCAAUCUUAUAUCUUGGAAACAACAGGCUGAGGGACCUGCCUCCUGAACUAUGCUUUCUCAAGAACCUGCAAACUCUUUGGAUUGAGUCAAAUUACUUCACACAUUUGCCUGUGGUGGUAUGUGAACUAACGCUACUGAAGACACUUCAUGCUGGAUCCAACCCCAUCCGCCAGCUACCAACUGAGCUUAAAAAUCUGAAAGAAUUGCGUAGCAUUUGGAUGUCUGGAACCCUGCUCACUGACUUCCCACCUGUGCUGUUGGAGAUGCCUUUUCUGGAUGUUAUUGAUGUUGACAGAAAUGGAAUCAGGUUUUUCCCAAACUUAGUCCACAUGCAAAGUUUGAAGCUAGUCAUUUAUGACCACAACCCAUGCCGAAAUGCACCAAAAGUUGCAAAGGGGGUUCGAAGAGUAGGAAGAUGGUCUGAGGAAACCCCAGAACCUAUUAAGAGAUCUGAGGCAGAAGCAGAACUCGAGAAAACCAUGGACAAUAAAGAAGCACAGGCUCUGCCUCCAAAGGAUACAAGUCAAAGCAAUGAAAACCCAACAGAAGCAACUACUGUACCCAUCUAAAAUGUAUGAUGCCCGGCUUACUUGUUGCUGAAAAAGGUAGUUUCCAUUUGCCAAAUUAUGUAUAUGAUGUGGACAGUACACUUGGCUAACUAUAAAUAAACCCAGAUAUCCAGCUCAGAUAAGUUAUUAGACAUAUGAAGUGAAAGUUGUCACUUAGCAUACGAAAUGUGAUGAAUGGAUCCUGGUGGGUUAUUAUAACUUUUGGUGCAGUAUUACAUAGGCCAAGUGAUAUUUAUUCAAGUGCAGUCAGAACAACAUUUCCUUUCUAAAGGUUAAAGUGCAGAAACUCAAUACCAAAGAACAGUUUAAUUUGCCCCCAUUUGCUCCAAUAUAACAAAAUUGCAGCAUAUCAUCUUUUGUGCAAGAAGGCAAGUGAAAAUACAUUAUAAUUGCACUCUCAGAAAUCAAAUCUAGCUAAAAUAUGUCAAACAGGUGCCAUCUUUGCAUUUAUUAUAAUAGAAAGCAGGACAAAUCCAAGGCAGUAGCUAUGACUGCAAAGUGCUUUUAUUGGGGAAAAGUGCUCCAUCUCUGCAUGCCCAUGCAACCAGUCAGUUCAAAUUUUCUAAUUGGGCAGUGAAUUGAGGGAUCUUCUUGAAAGGUAACCAGGUAUACGCCAUAUACUUUUAGACUGUAAGCUUUUUUGGGCAGGGCCCACUUUAUCCCUUGUACUGAUUAUCAGAUGUUUUGUGUUAAGCUGUCUACUGUGAUUAAAUUGGAUGGUUGACAAAUA